CCACCAUGUCGCCACCCUCUAUACCUCCCUACCGGCAGGCCUACCGCCAGUUGACAGGCUCACGGUGGGGUGAUUCAGAGCAUGCAUUUAUGGUGCUCGAAGAUACACGCACAAGUUAUUCAGCCCGCAGCGAGCUACCGCUCCAUAAUAGGACUCCUCCCCGAGCCACUUCGCGGCGAAACAGGGUCAGGAUCAGGCCAUCCGGCGAAAGCGGGCGCUCAGGCUUUCAUCCACUGAAAUUUCUCAAGAUCACCUGGAUAUCAUCAAGCCGAGCGUCUCGCUUCUGCAACAUCUUGUGGCCCGUGGUGCCUGCUGCUUUUAUCGUUCGCUAUAUUCUCCCGCAGUCCCACGUCUUGAUUUUUGUCUUAACCUACCUGGCCAUGAUUCCCUGUGCCAAUAUGGUCGGCUUUGCUGGCCAGGAGCUGUCCCGCAAACUCAACCACGUUUUCGGCGUGCUAGCUGAGACCACCCUUGGGUCCGUUGUCGAGGUCAUCCUCUUCAUGGUUCUGUUGCAGGAUAACCAGUUCACUGUGAUCAAGGCUGCCAUACUUGGCUCGAUUUUAGCAACGAUGCUUCUGUGCCUGGGCAUGUGCUUUGUUGCCGGCGGCAUACGAAGAGACGAGGCCGAGUUCAGUGAGACUGUCAGCGAAGCUGGAACUGGUCUUCUCUUUACAGCAGGCGUCGCCUUGGCCGUUCCAGCCGUCUUCAGUUACUCCAUGGCCGCAUCUCUCACUGUCAAGCAACUUGAAGACAAAACACUCCACAUAUCGCGGGUCGUCUCUAUUUUGCUAGUAAUAGCUUACGGCGUCUUCGUUUGUUUUCAAUCCCACACGCACCACGGCAUCUACGACGCCAUCUUUGAGAACGACGAGCAACGCGAGCACAAGAGCAGUAAGCAUGUCGAUAAACCCAAGCUAACUCUAACUGAGUGCAUCAUUGGCCUUGUAAUAUCCAUUGCGCCUGUAACGUUCAUGGCAAUCUACCUCGUUGAGCAAAUCCAUCCUAUCGUCACAAAACACGGCGUCGUCUCAGACCACCUUAUGGGCUUGAUUCUUGUGCCCUUGGUCGAAAAGGCAGCCGAGCACCUGACGGCCGUCAAUGAGGCUUGGGAUAACCGGAUGAACUUUGCCCUAUCCCACGUGCUAGGCGCGACGCUGCAAACAGCCUUGCUGAACGGCCCGCUCAUUGUCAUUAUUGCGUGGGCACUGGAUAAGCAGAUGGACAUUGUGUUUGAGGCAUUCGACAUCACCAUGCUUAUUCUUGCUAUGUUGACUGUGGGGAACUUCCUGCGCGAUCAGAAGUGCAACUACCUUGAGGGUUUCCUUUGCAUUAUUGCCUAUCUCGCCAUUGCAGCUGCAGCUUACAACUACCCAAACCCGGAGGGCGUAGGUGAGGACUAAGUCGUUGCAGGGUCAUGGGACAGAAAGGGUUGGAUGGUGCUUUCGGCUGUCGGGAGAGAGGUGGUGAUCCCGAUGUGGUCUCUCUGCCAAAUAGAAAAUAAUACUAAUAAUCAGCCU